UCGGAAUUUCUGGAUCGUUCAUAUUCGACCAGAUAUUUGGGUAAUUCAAUCAAACCUUUUUUUCCAUGUGGGAUGCAGUGAUAGAAACUUUGAUUCCUGAGCAGCAUGCAUCAGCACGUGACCGUGUCCAUGAGCCUCAACCAAAAAUCUUGUUAAUUUAAACAGAAUUCGGGUUACUUCAAUCGCAAUUUCUGGAUUGUUCACAUUCGACCAGAUAUUUGGUUAAUUUAACCAAACUUUUUUUUCCGUGAACUUAUCUUCCCUUCAUUUUUAAUGAUUUUAACUAACUUAUUGGCGGACAAAGUCGGUUAUAUCAGUACUAUAUAAUAUCCUCCCCCUUCCCCUCCUCUCUCUCUCUCUCUCUCUCUCUCUCUCUUUCCCCUUCAUCCUUCCUCCUUUACUCUGAGCGAGAUUGCUAAUUUUAAAAACUCAUGGCCGCCAUAUUGGACUUGCCAUUUCGAACUUUAACUCUUUUUUACCUCAAAGUCGCAAUCGAUGAUCCCCAAAAUUCCCUAUAAUUUGAGGAAACUUCAAGAGAGAUAAAAUGUACGACUCACAGGACUCGCUGUCAGGUGCAGCGGCGAUUACGGCUCGAAAGAGAGAACGAUAUUGUCGCUUCUGCGAAUUUCGUGAGCUCUUUUCUUAGCGUUUUGUAAUGGCAAAAAAGCUGGGAAUUUCAUUAAAACAGAAGGGGAGGAGGACACGAUGCGCACAUAACGCGGCGCAUUUCGUUUCGCUGCUAACGCUAUUAUUAAUCCAGGGAGUAUAAUUGAAAUUCGUUUGCGUGUGGUGAACACACACACACACACACACAACGACAGAGGAAAGUCUGGUUUCCGGUGUGGAUUUCACGGCGCGUUACUCGGAAAACACGCGCGCGAAUGGAAUAUUACUGUACGUCGCGAUGCGCAACGCAGAAUUUGUGUUAAGGUGAACUCGCGCUCUCGCGACCACAGAAGUAUAUCCUGGCGAUUUAUCGAGAUAUACCGUCGUCACUAAUUACGCCUGAAAUUGAAUUCGCCAUUUUAGAGGCCAUUAUCGGAUAUUACACGGUAAUAAUUUUGGUAGCGCUCGCGCCGCGUAAUACGUCGUCCUCGUUCGAAUUAAAUUAAGCGUGCGUAUUUUCCCGCGAAAUGCGCGUCUGCAUGCUUACGUGUUAAACACGCAAUUUGCCCCGCCAAUGCGCGAGCACACGCGUGUCCCGAUUAACGGUGUGCAUGGAGCUGCGCGUUCGAAAAGAGCCGUCCGGAUUUAUUAUUGACAAUGUAAUUUGUUGUCCCGGCGUGAAACGCGAAACAUCUCGCGCGCGACAUUUAUUUCCGCGUCGUUAUCUGCCGUUAUCUGCCGAAGAUGACUGUCUCUGUCUUCGAGGCGCAAAAAGCUGUUUGCUUCCAAUAUCUAAUUCGCUGCGUUUUAUCGCGUUUCAACAUAACCUUCGCAACUUUUACCGUGUUCUUCCAUUCAAUUUAAUCUUUUUAUAUGUUAACAUAGCACGGUAUCAGUUGCACCUUUUAUCUAAGCAAACAGAGUAUUGCUGGUUAUUUCCGGGAUAUUGCGAUUCCACGAAAUGGAAAUAACGCUAUAUCAUAUUGACACGACAGCGGAUCCACGUUAUCCACGCCAAUCGCGAAAUUAGAGACCCUUAAACAGAGACUGGCCAUUGGGGGGUCUCCACGUGAUUGGCGCACAUGAACAUGAUCCGAAAAAUGACGGCACCAAUACGGAGCCGUGCUCACCAAGCGCACACGCACACAUAUAAUAGAUCACGCACUCACUCACCAGCUCAUACAUAUUAUCGCCACCAUUUUUCGGCCAGUCUCUGUUUAAGGGUCUCUAAACUUCGCGAAAUAGUCCUGUGUCGAAAAGGUACUAUGAAAAAGACAAUGUUAUUUUUCAUCGUGAUUAAUUCUUGCCGAGCCACGUCUUGCGAGUGCAUACACUCCCUAAAUGCGAGAACCCGAGUCGAAAUUUUAACCCUGAACUUUCUAACGUCUGUAUAUUCUGAAGGAUGAGUGUAUAUGCGAUACGCAUGGAAACUGAAAUUCUAUCCGCCUCUGAAUGACAAAAAACGCACAAAAUGCUUGAAGUUUUAAAGAGUUCUAAAGAAGACUUCUCGGCAAAGUAGGUUAGAUAGAAUUAGUAGGCUAAGUAGAAUAAAAAAAAUUGCUGUAGGCUUCAAAGUAUUAAAAUGGAACGUUGAGGCGAAAAGUGGAAUAAAAUUUACACGUGAGAAAAUUGAAGUCUUGCUUAGCGCCUGUAAGUGGCAGAAAACGCACAAAAUGCCACUUGUAGGGCUUUAGAGGGUAUCAAAAUUAAUAGGUUAAAUAGAAUCAAGAGCUGAUUCAGCUGAUAGACUUCAGAGUCUCAAGGUAAACGUUGAAUAGAAUAUUAAGGUGGAAUGUAGAAUCAAAAUCUCGACUCGGGAAUACGCACGUGUCGCAAGAACGGACGUUAGUGUUUAAGCCUUUGAGUCUGUUGUUUCCCGAAACCAUCCUGUCGGAGUCCCAAUUUCAGUGGUAUGGUAUAGUUCCGCUUGGACGAGCGAGGAUAACACGAAGAUAGUUUCAAAGGCGCGACCGUCGGGCUUUAGAGAUUCGCACGAGAGAGAAUACCUACUUCAAAAUCCGACCAGUUGUUGCAGAAGUUUGUGCCCGCAAGGACGAAUAUUUGGCCACACGAUUAUUUGCGGAAAAGAGUGUAAUAUGAUAUCAAAAUUGCAGUGUACGUCGCGAUGCAAAAAAACAAAUGUAAGGGCGAUUAAAAAAUUAGAGAACGAAACUAAAAAUUAGAGAACAGUUGAAUUGAAGAGAGAGAGAGAGGUGAGAAAUAGACUUAAUAUAAACUUUAUAUCCCACCAAUAGAGAUCCCACAGAAAUAGAAGUAUAAUAUUUCUUUCUCACUGUAUCAUCUCGUGAUGAUACAGCAAGUCACCCAUCCUUUUUUGGUAGACGUGCCAAAUCCAAGGAGAUUCUUUUCUCUGCACGUUAGACAUCUCGUGACAACGAUGAAAAUCAUUACGUGACGUUAUGGAACGUCUAAAAAUACGCACAUGGUUCUGCCCGUCCAGUCUCCCGCGCGAAAACGGAAAAAAUACGCGAGUACGACAGGAGAUAUCGAGGAUGCCCAAUGAUAUCGAUAUCGUGUCGCGUUACCUUGCUAAUGGCGAUCGAAAAGUCGCUCUCGAGCGGACGGAUUGCGCGACGUGACGGACAGUCGCCGCGAAUCGUAGAACCGUGAACUUGCGGUGUUAGAAUCCGCUUCCCCCGUCGCGGAGAGAACAUCUCGUCUCGAUCACCACCAUCACCAUCACCACCGACCACUACAACGACGACGACGACAACGUUCUUUCGUUCGCAAGGUUUCAAGGUUGUCGCGGCAGGCUUUCCUCCACUCAACCGGUUUUCAACCACGAUUAUUACACGCAACUUUCCCGCACGGCCAUCGAACGCGAUUUCCAAGCUAAUUUCUUUGCGUCAGAGUGUAGAACUUCCGCGGUGAGACAAGUGUCUCCGCUUAAUCGUUUAUCAAUCGCUAAUUUCGAAUUUCUCACGACAAUUUUCCGCAAGUGAAAAAGUUCUCUCUCUCUCUCUCUCUCUUUUUCCUUUUUUUUCUCAACUUAUUCCGUUGCUUUUUUGAUCUUAUUGGCAGUCCGCGUAAUUGACGUCGCGCGAGUACAAAUAGAGGCGCGCUCCUUACAAACAGCGCGUGCGUGACUCGUGUUACGUCGAUCUCGUGAUUAAGAGGGAAGCUAACUAUCGCGCGCGCCCUACAUUUUUUAAUUAAAGGGGCGCAACCGGCAGCGCGCGGGCCGUGUAUUUUGUCGGGCGAAACUGCGUCUACGCGAUCGCGCACAAUAGAGUGUUUCAUGGCUUAGCCGAGGCCGAGCCCCGUUGCCGACUCUCGCGAUCAGAGCCUAGACGUGAAGCCAGGGAUUGCCGUCGUAAUUAGCGCGAAGUGAACCUCAUGUGUACGUAUGCGUACGUGUUGUGUUUGAGUAUAUGUGUACAAAGAGAGAAGAAGAGAGAGAGGGGGCGAGAGGGGAAUCCGUGUACGACACGGCGCAUGAUUUAUCGUCGUAAUUUUGAAAUGGAGAAACAAGACCGUCGCGAUGCGACGCGAGCGUGCAGCUAAUUAGCGAUACUGUGUCGCUUGGCGUUGAUGUACGUGCGUCAUUUCCGAGGAAAGCAUUGCGCUCGUGCUCGCUAGAAUUUCAACGACCGAUCGCGUAAUACCCUCCGUACACCCGACUAGGUGCGCGCACUCCAAGUCCCGGUCGACAACGGCCUUCGCAGUAGUCAUGAGCAGGUCCUGAUCGCGGACAGCCGUGGGCCGACGCGACGGGGUGGAUGCGGCGGUCAACGACAGGAACUACCACGAGCAGCCCGACGUUGACGAUACCAACCGCAACAACGACAACUGCGUCGUCAUUCAGAAGGGAUCAUCGCUCGCACAUCGCGAGAGUCACGUGAGCGACGCGACCUUUCCUCAUCGCCUGUUCAUCGUACAGUCCCCUUCACGCCAGUCGCAGAGCAGGUUCAAGGGAGGCUGUAGAAUGAGCAUCUUAGCCAUCGCCCGCAGGAACUGGGCGCUACGCCUGUCGGUGGUGCUGAAUGUGUGCGUGCUGCUGUACGUGUGCACCAACAUCGGCUCGUCCGGGCCGUGGAUCGAGGAACCGCCGACCAACUGGGCGGCGCCGCUCCAAUCGGACACCUACAGCACCAUCGACCUCGUAAACGGCACUCAGAAGGGUGCCGCGUCCUCGUCGGCAGCUUCCGCCGCGUCUGUGGGCGCUAUCAAGGAUGCCACGGCGCCUAAGACGAACGGCGCCGUCGCUGCCGCCGUCGCCGCCGCCGCUACCGGUCCCUUCAGGAGCAAGCUUCUCGUCACCACAACGCCCAACGGGGCCAAGGUCGAGGCUCUCGACAAGUCGGAGCAUUCGCAUAAUCAGACGGUGAGGAACGGCACGACGGUCGCGCGGCCGGCGGCGAUGAGCCUGAAGGAGGCCAUUCCCUGCAACGAGAAGUCAACCGAGCCGAGGCGGGCGCAGCGGGGCGACUACUGGGUUCUCUAUAAUUACGUGCCGAUGAGCAUGGCGGUGAGAUGCUGGGAGAGCGUAACGUACACCACGCACGCCGACUACACGUUCCUGGACAAUCUGGAGCCGCUGCUGGAGCGCUGGCGGGCGCCGAUAUCGAUCGCCAUGCACGCGCCCGGCACCGACUUCCCGGCGACCCUCGACGCCAUCAGAUAUUCGAGAAAUUGCGGCAGUCCGUUGGUCUCGCAACUGGUAACCUUCCACGUCUUCUUCAGCAGCAAACACGUGCCAAAAGCGGUGCCACCGUCGGAGCAGAUUGUCUCCGACACAUACAACUGCUCGCUCGGGCCGCCGUGGGUGAACGUCAGCCUCUCGAAGAUGUACAAGAACGACAAGAAGCUGCUGUACCCGGUGAACGUGGGCCGCAACGUGGCGCGGGAAUCCGCGCCCACUUUCUACGUGUUCCCCAGCGACAUAGAGCUGUACCCAAGUCCGAAUCUGCCUACCAAGUUCCUGGAGAUGAUCCGUAGGAGAGAUCAGCCGGCUCUCUACAAGCCAAAUCCCAAGGUCUUCGUGCUGCCCAUCUUCGAGGUGGACGGGAAGAGCCUGCCGCCUAACAACAAGACUCAUCUGGUGCAAAUGCUGAAGGCGGGCACCGCUAUACCUUUCCACAAGAAACUAUGUUCCGGCUGCCACAACGUGCCCAAAAGCAAGGAGUGGCAGGAAGCGGCCGAGACGGAAGAUCUGCACGUGUUCCACAUCGGUAAGAGAACUGGUAGCUUCAUACACUGGGAGCCGAUCUUCAUCGGGACCAAUAACGAUCCUCUUUACGACGAGAGAUUAAGCUGGGAGGGAAAGAGUGAUAAAAUGACGCAGGGUUACGCGCUCUGCGUUCUCGAUUACGAUUUCCUCAUCCUGGACAACGCAUUUUUGGUGCACCGGCCAGGCAUCAAAAUCUUCAAGAAGGACCCGCAUCGCGAUUUGCUCACCGCCAAGACGAACGCGCUCAUCAAGAAGAUCAUCAUACCAGAGCUGAAAGUUCUGUACGGUACGCGCAAGGGCUGUGCGGUGUAGCCCGUGGAGUCGCGGGCACGACGGCGUGUGCUUUACAGGUGCCCGUCUGUACGAUGGAAUUAUCCGCGACCCUCCUUGUCGCCCGCGUCAUCGUCGAAGCUUGUCGUCGCGCGGCGACAGGUCGCCCGGAUCCGCGACGACCUGCUGCGAUUCAGUCGCGAGCCGCGAGACCGUGUCCGCGUUCGUUCCGCGCGGAUCCCGCGCGUUGUCGAGCAGGCCCGGAAGAAUGUUCGUUGCGAAUUAUAGAAGUCUUGAAACGUAAUUCAGUGAACUCCUACAUGCCAAUUCUCAACAGUGCCGAACGAAUGAACGAACAGACAAAAACGAAUUAAUGAGUAUUCACAGUGAGUUCGAGCAACGGACUCUUGUUGUGCUCUCGCGGCAGAAGCGUCUUGUCGUCGUCGUCGUCACGAAGCGUCAGUAUUUACAGCGAGUCACUCAGCGGCUGGUGUGCGAAGAAUGUUGAGGCGAGCAGAGAACGGCGAAGGUAACCCGAGAAAAGUGUGAUGUAUAUCACGAUGCUCGAUGGUAACUCUCCUAGCUUUCAUAAAAAGAAUCAGAAAACAAAGAAAGAAAGAAAGAUGUAGCAUGUAAAGAUAUCGUACCACUUAUUUUUCACGCGACGGAUAUAUAUAUGUACACACACACGCAUAUAUAUAUAUAUAUAUAUAGAUAUAUUUAUCCCCGCCUAUCGAAUACGAUUGUAUAUAAUAAUGAUGAAAAUGGUGCCUCAUAUACAUCAAUACGUCUACAGGAUUACUGUGCUUUCAGUGAAAGUUGUCACGAACGACGGUGCGAGUUCCGAUGCGACUUCUUCGUGAAUCGUGACCAUUAUAUUAUGUCCGCGGCGUUUCUUGUAUCGAGAAAUACCGAAUAUCUUUUAAGAAACACUGCAGAUCGGCGCGCUCUCACGUACGUCGUCGAGGCGAAUUAUACAAUGCCAUUUAUUUUAUCAGCGAAUGCUCUUAAAGAGAUGAAAAUUUGAAUAACAUAAUGCUUUACACGCUAUUUAAUUUUUUGCACAUUAAAUAAUUUCUUCUAGUGCGAAUCGACAUAUAUUUCCAACUAGAAAAUCGGCUUUUGGUUGGAAUUCAAUAUGUUCUUAUAUUGUUUUUUUUACUAAAUCGAUUAUCUUUUUCAAGACGUAGCAAAUUUUAUAAGAAUAUUUUAUGAGAAUAUUUUUACAUUGUAAAAUUUCCAGCUAUUCUCGAUUGCAUUCAUUAUGCACUUUCUUUAUCAGAAAAAGAUCGCAAUUCCUGCGCGCAUAAAAAUAUCUUUAAUGAUGAAGAAAUGAAAAUAUCUUUAAUGAUUACGACACACGCGAGAUUCAAAUUCGAAACGAAGAGGUAUACGAUUUACUUCUUAUUCUUCUUUCCUUAGUGUAGUCAAUAGUCAUUCAAGAUGUCGUUUAAGACUAUAUUGACUGAUCUUAGCUGAAUUGAGUAUUAUUGCGUCUAAGUAAGCGUAACAGUAUCGGAUAAUAAAAACUAAAGCCACGAUUAUUAUAUUAUGUUGUAAUAUCGUGCUACGUUCACAAGCACGGCGACUAGUUUUCCUUCUGCAUCUAUAGGCUUCGUCGGCCUUUGAAACAACUCAGUACACGCGGAAUUAUUCACAAACGAAGAAGAAAAAAAUCACCGUCCAAGACUGAGGGAUGUUUGAUAUAAAUUUUCUAGCACGCUCCUCGCAGACUUAAUCGACGUAAUUCAUCGAUUAUUCAGCAUUGCAUUAGCGUAACACUUUCGGACUCCGCUCGAGUAUAUACUUCGUUUCGAUCGAAUAAUCGCGAGAACGAACUUCUUUUGCGAACAAGAAACGAAAAAUAAACACAUCGGGGAUUAUGAACGAUUCGUUUGGGUCGAUGCAGCUUUUGUGAUUGCACUUGUAACAAGAAGAAGCCUCGCAGACAAUGUCGCAUACGUUGGAAAACAAGGAAAGUCUUACCUUAUAAAUACAAUUUGUCUUAUAUUGUACCAAAUAUAAGACCGCGCGACGAUUAUCAGCGCGAUCGUAAACACGGAAAUGUAGUGUUUUCUAAUCUCAAAUAUUAUGUAACGUAUUAUUAUCUAACGGCAUUAUUGUAUUUGCACACAGGCGCCUGUUUAACGUAACGUAUUAUAACCGUAUUUAAAAAUAACACAUUCUAUAAAAAAAAGAAAUUCUCUGGUAUAAUGUAAAUUUUCGCUUGAGAGAGUAGUGUGGCUAAAAAAAAGGAAUGAAAGAAAGAAGGAGGAAGAAACAGAGAUAAUGCUUGAAAUUUCAUAUUCCGAGAGCCGACACGCGAUGAUAUAUCGACGUUUUACACGAGUAACUGUUCGAAAUUAAUAGAGGUAAUAAUUCCUUCAGCAAGGUCGUACUGUAAGAAUUAUUAAUGCUGCCUUGUAACGUCUGAUUCGUUCGUUUUUUAACCAAAAUCUUGAUCGACGAUCUUCCGCUCUUUUCGGAGCGGCCGAGUUAUAUACUGUCGCAUCGAGAUAAGAUACAUAUACACUCUAUAUGUGUACACGUACUCUUAUCCGCGGCAGUAAGGUCAACACGGCAGCGAAACGGCGUUUACUGUAUAUAAUAUAAGCGCAUGAUAUAUGAACUGUAUACUUUUCUAUCACCACCCCGAGUAAUAUGACCAGUGAAUGUACAUGUGAUUAUUAAGACUCGCGUAAGAACAGUUGGGUCAGUAUGUAACAAUUUAUUCCGAAAGCGAUCAGAAUCAGAGUAAUCUCGACCGGGACAGAGUGCUGACUCAUUUUUUUGUGAUAAUAUUAGGGCACAAAGUAAUUAAUAUUCCUGUAAUCGCGCUUCUCGUCCACUGCGGAGGAAUCCUUGAAGCCGGUUAAUCGUAUGAUUUCUCGCGUAAACACAAGUAGCUAUUAUUGUUUUCGCCGAGGAUGUUAAUUAAAGUGUCUCACGAUAUAUUUCAAUAAAUUAAUGUAAAAAAAUGCAUAUAUUGCGAUUUCCGUUAUUAAGUUUAUAGUUCUGGAAAUAUUUUUAAUGACAUCAUACCGCAUUAUUUCCGCUUGCGGGAAAAUUACUGAAGUACUGAUUAAUAUCCUCGGCAUGUAGAGGAUAUAUAUAUUUUUUAAUUAUGUUUUUUUCUUCGUUUACAUGUCGCGUUGAUAAAAUAUUUUUUGUGAAGUAUGUGGAGUUUAACUUAUAUAAGUUCCUUUCAUCUUCUCUUCUUUUUCUUAAUUUAUCAGGGCUAUGCAACCACGUGUGUAUGUAUGUGUGUGUGUUUAUUUGUUUGUAUGUAUGUAUGUGUAUAUGCAUGCAUACAUGCAUGUGUGUGUGUGUGUAUGUGUAUUCGUCGCUCGACUUACAUAAAGUAUAAUGUGUAUUCUGUGCCUUAUAUAUAUUCGUCUCUGUCUCCUCGCGUGCAUGCGUACGUGCAUGUGCCAAAAUGCGCGUGUACAUUUAUAGAAAGCUAUGAGUGAAUAAGCAGAGAAAGAGACAAGCUGAAAGCUGACUCAAUUAUAUAUAAUUAGAAUCGACAUAUGUAGGGAUCGAGACUUGUAGCAAGAUUUUUAUAUCUAUUCCGAAGAAAGAGAAAGAGAGAGUGCGUGCGUGUUUGUGGUUUCGUGUUGUAAUGAAAGGGUGUAAUUGUCGCGAGCAAAACGCCGCGAUUUACUCGCGCCCGUCGUUUCUUUUUUUUUCCUUCUCUUGUAUAAAGUAAUAUAAUUGAGCGAGAGAAAGAGAGAUAUACACCGUAACGCGUUGCGCUAACAUAAUAGCGCGACGGAAAUUAUGCCGCUGAGUUUGUCUUUCCUGACUGAGCAUUUUCAUGCAACAAGUACGAGACUGUGAAAGAGCUACCAGAAGUCGACACCGAAGAAAUUUUCGUUUUUUCUAAGAGUAAAAUAAAGAGAAAAAAAGAGAAUCAUUAUGCGUUGCGAUACUUGUAAUUAAUGUAAAUACGUGUGAUUGUAGGGUAAGAAGAUGUAUCUCAUCGGCUGUUUCAUUCAACAAAAUAUGUUAUUACGUAUCCGUAGUCUAUACUCUCGAGAUGUGUCCGCGAUUUUGCUGAUCGUAAUAAAAAAGAAGAUCCGCCGCAUCGUCCUCGUUUGCGUUUGUAACAACAUUUAGGAAAGAAAAGGAGAGAAAAAAGGGAGCACGAAUGAACGGCCCGACGACAGCAGAGCGUUUUACAUAUAUAUCGUUGUCAGAAAAUAAUAACAAAAUUAUAAGAAAAUAGAAUUAUACACGUGUAUACAUGCGCGGAAUCCAAGAUUUGUAUCUGCAUCUAUGACGAUCUUAUAUAGUACGGAAACACAUUAUAUAUGUCUGGAUACAAUAGUAAAAAUUAUUGAAGAUAUGUUACAGGACACUCCGCCUUUUAUCGUGCGAUUUUUGGCGAAACUUUCAUUUCUGUCGUGAUUAUGAAGAAGCUUGCAGUAUUAUGCAAAUGUACGCGAUAAGUGUACUGAUGUACAUAUUUGUAAGAGACACGAAAAACACAAUCACUUGUUCCAAAGUGUGUACAUAAGCAAAAUUGUAUUUUUUCAAGUAAAGGAACGAGCGAGGGAUUGAUUUAAUAUUUUCGGAGUCGUAAAGAGAUCCAAAGAUGAGAGGCUGCAAAGUAAAAACGCAUUACAAACGGAAUCGAGACAACGAUAAUUUGCAACUUGUUUCGUGAGCUUUACCAAGUUGUUUUCAGAAACAAGCGUCGCGAAGGCCUUUUUGUCUCUCUAUUCGUGAAAAAUAUUAGGUAAACAUUAUUGCAAAAAUUGCACGUAACAUGUACACUACAUUACAUUUAAUUUGUGCAGAAAUUAAAUGCGAUAUAGUGUAAUUAGUAGCGUAACUUAUAAUUACGAGAAAGAAGAUGAAGAAACUAUAAGAAAAAAUGGUGCAUUUGUAACGUUAUAAUUAAACUUUAUGUUAUAUAUAAUUAAAUAAAUAAUUGAAAUGAAGGAGGACUUUAUAUCGAUCGAGGACAAGAUAGACGGCCAACCGAAUAAGAAAUUCGUUUUAAUUUUAUUAUAAUGCAAAUGGGCUGGAAGCACAAUAGCUAUACGAGAGCGGAAUAAUUGCGAAUGACGCAAGUGAAAUUAUUUUAAUAAUCUUCGAGGUUCUUUUGUGUAAUUGGCGUUCAUCUAUUUAUUCUUAGAGCAUGUGACAGCGAUGAUCGGUGCGUAACUACAUACCAUAUGUUCCAGCGUCGUGCCUAGAUAAAUAAAUUAAUUUAUCAGCUAAA